AUUAUGCACUGUGCAUUGCAGUUCUGGCACAGUGCUGAAGGGGCAAUCAAGGGAUGCAGGAAGGGAAAAGGCACCCGCAGAUGGCCCCCAACUGUGCCAGAGAGACCUCAUGCGAGAGUCCGUCGCAAAUGGGCAGCGACAAGAUUUAUAUUAGCAACUGCGCACACAAAGCUGCUAACCGUUCGUCCCACAAUUAUAAGCCCUGGUCUCACGUGCGCGUGGGUCUGCUUUUUCCCAAGCGAGGCGCUGGCGAAGACCUCAUUGUGCCUCGGCAACAGCACAUGGUUUGGUAAUCAUGUCACGAGCCAUUGAAGGAGUGGCCAAUCGGCUGUGGGCACAGUCACGCAAUGCCUUGGCGGGCACCGCGCAGCAGUCGUUGCUUGCGGCCUCAACGAGCUCGCUGCCCUCCACUCCAGAACUUCCAAAAAUUGCACGCUCCGAGCCAGCUUCUAUUGGUCUGCCGGCUCGGAGAUUUGGCGCUGGCCAGGCACCCUGGCUGAGCUCGGCAGCCAGCGCUCGGGUCUUCUGCAGCUGGCCGGCCCCUUCCACGGCGACCGCUGCGGAGGCGCACCCGCAGCCUCAGGCAUCCUCUUCCUCCUCCACUUCUUCUUCUACACACAACCCAACCCACUUCCUUAUGGACGUGGAGGCGGAGCGCCGCCUGCAGGAGUUCCUUGCAGCAAGCCGCCCGCAGGCCGCGCAACACCCACACCAACACCCACACCCAAACCCACACCAACCGGCAACGCAGCUGCCACCCAACCGCCACGAACCGCAAGCCGCAGAUCGGCCCUCGCCCGCGCACGCUUCUGGGAUAGAAGGCAGCAGCAGCACCAGUGGUGGCGGUAGCAGCUGUAGUAGUGGCAGCGGCAGUGAGUUGCAACCGCUAGCAGCAUCUGCAUCUGCAUCAGCAACAGCAGCAUCUGCAUCUGCAUCAGCAACAGCAGCAACAGCAACAUCAGCAACGGCACGGUCACGAGCCCGCGCCGCCCUCCGAGACGCACCAGCCUUCAACCCCCGCGCGUCAGGCGGUGGCGGUGGCGGAGGCGGCUGUAGCACCGCCUCCUCCCGACCAGCUACUGCCACAACCACCGCAGCAGCAGCAGCAGCCAUGCCGCAGCCACAGCCACAGCCGCACCCUGCAUCGCCCACGCCCGUGGAUUGGCGGGAGAUGCUUCGGAGGGCGUGGGAGGCGGCGGAGGAGGAAGGGCGGCAGGCGGUGGCAGGAGCCGCCAUGCUGACUGACACGUUCAGCCGCGUCCACACCUACCUGCGCAUCAGCCUGACAGAGCGCUGCAACCUGCGCUGCACCUACUGCAUGCCCGACGAGGGCGUGGCGCUCACGCCCGGGGGACAGCUGCUCACCACACCCGAGAUCAUGAGGCUGGCUCGGCUGUUUGUGGAGGCGGGUGUGACCAAGGUGCGGCUCACAGGUGGCGAGCCCACCCUGCGGCGGGACAUCCUGGACCUGGUGGGGCAGCUGGGGGCGCUGAGGGUGCCCGCAGACGCCGGCAGUAGCAGCGGCAGCAGCAGCAGCAGCGGCGGUAGCAGCGGGGAGCGGCAGGCGGAGGCGGACGAGGCUGCUUUGAGCAGCGGCAGUAGCAGCGGCAGCAGCAGCGGCAGUAGCAAUAGCAGGGGCCUGAGCUCUCUGGCCAUCACCAGCAACGGCAUUGUGCUGGCGCGGCAGCUGCCGGCACUCAAGGAGGCGGGCCUGACCGCCGUGAACAUCAGCCUGGACACGCUGCGGCCCGAGCGCUUCCAGCAGCUGGCGCGACGGCCCGGACACGGCCGCGUGAUGGAGGCCAUCGCCACCGCGGCGCGGCUGGGGUUCGACCCGGUCAAGGUGAACGUGGUGGUGAUGCGCGGUGUGAAUGACGACGAGGUGGCGGACUUUGCGGCGCUGACCCGCCACCAGCCCGUCAACGUGCGCUUCAUCGAGUACAUGCCCUUUGACGGCAACGUGUGGAGCGACAGCAAGAUGGUGCCGUACCGGGAGCUGCUGACACGCCUGCGUGCCGCCUUCCCCGACACCCCUCUGGAGCGGCUGGACGACCCCCGGGGGGAGGUGGCCAAGAACUUCAGGCUGAGGGGCCACGUGGGCAGUGUGUCGUUCAUCACCUCAAUGACUCAGCACUUCUGCCACGACUGCAACCGACUGCGACUGCUGGCGGACGGAAACCUCAAGGUGUGCCUGUUCGGCUCCAGCGAGGUCAGCCUGCGCGACGCGCUCCGCGGCGGCGCCUCCGACGACGACCUGCGCCUCAUCAUCGGCGCGGCGGUGCGGCGCAAGCGGGCGGCGCACGCCGGCAUGUUCGAGCUGGCGGCGCUGCCCAACAGGCCCAUGAUCACAAUUGGCGGGUAGAGUGGAGGCGGGGGGGGGGGUAAAUGCCAGCCCAAACUGAACCGAAUCCGAUGCGAAAGGGGGGCAGGGGCAAGGGUGCAGGGGUAGAUGGGUGAGGGCGCGGGGGUGGGGGGCCGCAUGGGUGGGCGGCAGGCUUGGUGGCGGGUGGAGGCGCAUGGGUAGGUGCAGGGGUGCUGUUGCAUGGAUGCUUUGUAUUUUGGCAUGCGUCGCGGGUGAGAGGGGCAGCCAGGUAUAUGGGGAUUGGCCACAUGGCAUAGCCGCGCAGAAUGAAGGGUACGGUGUGAGGGGUUUUGCAUGGGCUGCGAUGCUAGAACUUUGUUUAGCUCCUAGAUAGGUAAAGGGCGCCAUGAUAAGUGCGCCCGUGCGAUAAGCACUAAUGACAUCCCGUGCAACAAGGAUACGGUGUGCGGGGUUUGGGCGUGGGGUGUUGUGGUAGGGCCUUGCUGAGAUGCAGCCGGGCGCUACCAUGCCUCCGCUGAACUUGUCAGCCAAUGAGUCGGGGGCUCCGGUGCUGCCGUGUGAAGAGAUAAAUCAUGUAACCAACAAAGAGUCCAGCAUGUAAUAUGAACAUCGG